AUGCGUCUGCCCCAUUCUGACCGCAUUUCUCCUCCCCUUCCUCCUCCCCCCUUUGACCAUCUCGACAUGGCACGAGCACAAAAAUCUGCCACGGCACGGGGCCGGAAGUCCCUCACCUCCUUCUUCAAGGGUUCUGCAAAGUCUGAACCUGAUGGAGACGCAGCCAGUAGCGACUUCGAGGCUUUUGAGAUCGAGGAAGAAGUCGAGAAACCCACCGCUGGAACAAACAAGAGCUCAGCACUAGCUCCAGAUGCGUCGGACCUUCCCUCCAUUCAUAACGUACCAGCCAUCUUCUCUGAUCUAGUCGUAAGCGCUCCCCAGAUCAAGGCAGUGACGCAGCACCUGCAAGGCCACAAAAUGCGCGUCGCUACAAUGUGUUCCGGCACAGAGUCUCCCCUCCUCGCACUCGACCUCAUUCGGCGGUCCAUACUCGAGCACUACGACGUGAAGCUCGAGUGCGAACACGUCUUCUCGUGCGAGAUCGAGCCUUCAAGCAGGCGUACAUCGAGCGGAACUUCCAACCACCCCUGCUGUUCCGGGAUGUCUGUGAGCUUAGGGACACACAUGCCGUACGGGUCCCUAGCGCCCGUCCCCGGAGACGUCGACAUCCUCAUCGCGGGUACCUCCUGCGUCGACUACUCCAACCUCAACAACGAGAAGCAAGACAUCGACGCGAACGGAGAGUCUGGAAGGACAUUUCGGGGGCUGAUGUCCUGGGUGAAGAAUCACCGGCCACCCUUGGUCAUUCUGGAGAACGUGUGCUCGGCACCUUGGGAGCGCGUGGUCGAAUACUUCGAGAAGAACAAAUGCAGUGCUCAUUCCUUACGAGUUGAUACAAAGGACUUUUACAGAUCCCAUACCCGUACCCGUGUAUGCCUCCUCGCUGUCGACCAGCGAAACUCGGAUCUUCCAGAUGCGUGGGCGAAGCUUCUCAACAAGCUCAAGCGACCCGCAUCGUCCACUCUCGAUGCCUUCCUGCUCCCCUCCGACGACUUCCGUAUCCAUCAGGCACGCGAGAAGCUCAUUUCUGAAAGCUACAACGCAGUCGACCGACGGAGAGGCCGGACAGACUGGGGCCGAUUCGAGUCCCAACGCACAAGGCUGGAGAUGGAGCUCGGCUCGAAGCGCCCGCUAACGAGCUGGGAGGAAGGAGGUUUCUGUAAGCUGCCAGUCGUUGCGUGCAACGACUGGGGAGUUGGGCAGGUAGAGCGUGUCUGGGACUUGAUGGACAUCAGUUUCCUCCGGUCCGCCAAGAAGGGCGUCGAUCCGUCAUACAAGACGCAAGUAUGGAACCUCUCGCAGGACAUCGACCGGACCAUCGGGUCAAACAAAGUCGGCAUCUGUCCAUGUCUCACACCGUCCAUGAUUCCGUACAUCACGAACCGCGGCGGGCCCGUGGUCGGCAUCGAGGCGUUCUCCAUGCAGGGCUUGCCCGUGGACGAGCUGUUCCUGACGCGCGAGACGGAGGACCAGCUCGCCGACCUCGCUGGGAACGCGAUGUGCACGACCGUCGUCGGUGCGUGCAUCAUGGCCGCGCUCAUCAUGGGCAGGAAACUGCUGAAGGAGGGCAGCGACGUGAGCACGUACGAGUCCCGCAAUGACAUGUCGAUGGAUGUGGAUGUUGACAUGAAGGACGUGCAGGACGACUCGAUGGAUGUCGACCAGGCGCCCGACGAUAUCCCCGUCGAGGACCAUGUCUCCGGGGAGGACCAGCUUGUAAACCAGCCCUUGGACCUGGCGUCAACCGCUGUGGUCCCACGCUCCUCGACAAGGCGGACUGCAGCUCGUCGUCCUGCGUCAAGUGCGGUGGUCGGCCGGAGCACAACACUCAGCACGUCGAUGCCCACGCACAUCCACGGAAAUCUCCAACGGCUUUUGCGAAAGAGUUCUAAAUCGACGCUCCCCAUGUCACUCUCGGUGUCCAACAUCUCCCAAGCGCUGCUCGACAGCCUCAAGGAAGCAUCUGGACACGAGCUGCGAUUCGUCGAGCCAAAGCGACAAGACAUCUGCGUGGCGACGUACCAGUCACCGGUCGCGCAUCUGAAGCUCCUGCUCUACCGCCAGCAGGCCGAGUGGCGCCUCUUCGCAAAGCCAGAGGAGAACGAGCCAGCGAACUCGGAGCUUCGCAGGCUGCUAGCACCCGUGGGCAGGAUGGCCUGCCGGGGCGGACUGUUCGCGGGGCGGUGGGACUUUGCGCUGCCACACGCUACCUCUGAGCGUAUCGCGAUCUCUGGCAGCGAGCCCGUUCCGUCAUGGGCGCAGAGGCUCGGAUUGCAAGGCGACGAGUUUAAGGACAAGAUGGAGGAUUUGGUACACUUUGAUAGGGAUAUCUUGGGUGUGUACACGUUGUUGGACAAGUGCGGCACCGCGAACUCUGCGCUGCAUAAGAAGGAGUCUGACGAGCACGACUCCCACCUUCCGCCGCUGUUCUUGAUUCUCGAUCCAACGCGGCGCGGAGAUCCAUCGGACGACCGCUUCGCGAUCUUCAUCAGCAACCGGCGUUACGAAUAUGGUGAGACGCCGCCUCUCGUUUGCAAGUUCGAGCCCAAGUGGAGGCAGUGCGACACUGUGGAAGAGCAGAGCAUCGAGUGCCACAUUCUUCAGACGCGAACGCCCGGAGUGGCCUCGCGGCGCCUGGAAGGAGGCCGACAAGGUCACGAGCACGUCACGUUCAAGGCCCUCGCGUGGCUCAUUGAGCGCAUCCGUAACGUCGGCGAUCACUUCGGCCAGUGGCAGGACGCGGGGAUGAAGAUCAACGAGAGCAGGAAGCUAGACGAGGACAAAAGCAGCCGACGUCGCAGAGGGGCGGCGAAGCCGGAGCUCCCAGAAAUGAAGAGCUCGCGAAGAAGGAUGAUCAUGGAGGUCGUCAUCCCUCCUUUUCCGAAGCGCAGCAAGUCGCCUUCAGCGAUGAGCAUCGUAUCGUUUUCUGCGCCUGAAACGACCGAAGGAGAGGACGACUCGGAUGCGCUCACCAGGCCACGUCGCCGUCGAAGCUGUCAGAGGCGCCCGAUAUUGAUUUCCGACGACGAAGAGGAGGACGCCCAGUCUGACGACGACUUUGUGCCUGACGAGGACGAGGACGAGGACGAGGAUGAGCCAACGAUGAGAUGCUCCGCGAGGAAGGCAGUCUACGUCAAGCGGCCUAGGAAGUGGCAGGAUUCGGAUUACGAUGAGUUUUGGGCGGAGGAGAUCCAGUCCGAGGACGAGAUGGCCGUCGAUGACGUGGUCACAUCGGAUGAUGACUACUCCAGCAGAUCGUUGAAGCCGCCAACAACGGGGAAAAUCUGCAAGCUGAAAAACGUUGUCGAGAAACGCAAAGCUCAGGAUGACGGCGAGAGGCCCGCGAAGAAGAAAAGAGAGACCAAGGACCCUUGGAAGCUGAGGUCGAUUGCAGUGAGUAAGGACUGGACGAGAAUGCAAGCGCCACCGCUCGAGAUGUUCCACUUCUCCCGGAAGGUCGUCGAUAAGUACACGUAUCUCGAUGGCAAGAUCCAUUCCAUGGUCACCAACAUCACGGCGGAGCGAUACUGGGUGCUUUCUGGUAUCCACGACUUUGGCGUUCUCAAGACCAUCUCUGCCUUCUUCAACUUGCAUCUCGGCAUGGACGAUGAUGCUGAAGGGCAGUCGGUGCAGGUGAAGAAACGCCGGAAGGAACAGACCGCUGUGGAAACGUUCCACUCCUUCCGCGAUGUCCAUAGUCUCGAGUGGCAUGCUCACCGCCCUCAGAUCAGGCAAUCCUUCUUGGAUCAGUUCGUUCGUCAAAACAUUGCUGAGAUCGACGAGAUCCCGUCCAGCGAAGAGAUCAGGAAGCGAGGCAGGAAGAGCGAAAGCGACCGUCAAAAGCGAGUGGCCCAAGCGCUCGGAGAAAGCAGCACCGCCGAAGAAGCCCUUUUGAAGCGCUGCUCACAUUUCGGGCUCGGCUCCUCCGACAAGGAGAACGCCACGAAAACGUGCGAGGUGAUCGUCUGGGAGCAGCGCGCGCAGCUCGACAGCUGCAAGGGUGAGCUCAAGAAGAUGAUCGCGGAGGCACUCGAGAAGGAGAAGAUGAUCGGCAAGGUGGAGACCGAGUCGCUCUUCCGCGAGUACAUCCGCAUCACGCGAACAUCGCUGCGCCCCUUAGGCGAUCAUGAACAAGCAGCUCGACGCGCGCGCCAAAGCAAGUCCAAAGGACGACGGCCUGCCGGAGAGUGUCAGGCAGCUCAUCUAGAGCACCGCGAGCAGACGCACGAGAUACGCCGUGUGAUGAAGGAGCUCGUGGGCCGCGUGCGGUCGUUGCGGUACUUCACUGCCGUUCGGGACUUGCAAAAGCAGGCCGAUGUGCUCCCUGUGGUGUCAUGUCCCUUGUGUGGGCGGGAUCAAGUCCCGAUUGAAGAGGUCGUGGUGUUCUCGCCUUGUGGCCAUACAGGCUGCAUCGCGUGUGUGACGGAGCACGCGGAGCGGGAGGAGUGCGUGUAUGCUGCAUCUGGCGCGUGUAAGGCACUCUCUCUCUACGUUGCUCAUCGGCUCCUCUUUCGUGAAAUUGCCCUAAAGGUCGUGAAGGAACCUGAACCUCCAGUGUGCUGUUUGAACCCUCUGGAACUCCUGGGACCUCCGGCAGAAGAGGAUGUACUGCUCUCGAUUGAUGACUGGAAAGCUAGAAGGCUGGGAGAGCUGAAGGACCCAAGUGCACGGCUACCGGGUAGCGAGAGUGCGACCAUCUCUGGUCCAACACAGCUCGCGGAUUCGUCCACCACAGCACAGGCUACACAGAUGCCGUAUGCAUCUGCCACAGUCGCGCCAACUGAGGUCACCUCGAGCAACGUUUUCGCUCCCUCUCCUAAUCCUUCCAUCUCGGAGGCCGCAAAGACAGUGCGAGGAUCCACCAGUGAGGAAUCUGACCAAGAAACCACCCUCUCCUACUACAUUGAAAUCAACAUGGCCUCUUCAUGUGCACAUGAAGCGGUAAUAUCCGACUCCCGCGCAGAAACGACCUCUAACGACAAUCCUUCUACGUCUACUCAACCCUUUACCAGCCCCGUCCCGUCCACGAAUCAAGCGAUCCCAUCCUCCGUGCAAGAUUCUGACGACACACUCACAGUAUCAUCUGAAUCACCUUCCAUGACACCAUCCAUCCGUCCGACGACGUCCUCUUCGAACUCCGUCGUGUCUCCUUCGAUCGCAUCAGCCAGCGUUGCACAGCAACCAUUCUCUCUACCAGAAUCGCAAGUCCCGACAGGCGGCGAGUCAAUCUAUUGGACGAUCAUGAACCGGCUCACCGCGCUUGAGGGCAAUACUACUCUCUAUGCCAGGUAUGUCGAGGAGCAGACCGCGGACAUGCGGGAGAUCUUAAGGAGUCUCGGCGAGGAUGUCGGGCGGCUCGAGGGUAUCGCUCAAGCGCAGAUGUACCUGCAAUCAAUGUCUGAGUUCGACAGACACAGACGGCGGCUGGAGCUCGAGCCCCGGGAGCUACUCUCCCGAGUGAACCGCCUCACCGACGAGGUUGUUCUCGAAAAGCGGCUGGGUAUCGCGCAGCUGUGCCUUCUGCUUGCAAUCAUGGUCUUUAUCAUGUGGACAGAUGGCUCCCGAGGUGAGCUCCAUCGGAUACGUGCCCUCGGCGGCCAAUGGAAACCUCCAAAGCAGCCAGGCUGGCAGGCCUUUCUUGAGCGACAAAAGAACCACGAUGGACAUAGAGCGGGAGACGUCCCGCAGGCGACGGCGGGCGUGAGCGUGGUGUGGGCAUUCGACCAGGACGUAGAGACGGGUUUCAACGGCCGCCUCAUGGCAAGGGCAGGCCGCGGACUUUGA